AAUUUCCAACACUUCAUCGUUCAUCCACAAGAUUCCCGUGGUAAAUUUCCAACACUUCAUCGUUCAUCCACAAGAUUCCCGUGGUAAAUUUCCAACACUUCAUCGUUCAUCCACAAGAUUUCUGGGAUCGAACUGACUGGGAGGCGUUUGUAGAGGAGUGGGAUGGCGACGAAUCAGGACGGCACAACAUCCGGUGUGGUGUCAGACGCACAUGGCGAAGAUAAGACAACUCGCGGAGAUUGUCCUCCAAACUCAGGAGGGAAUUGGGUAAAUCCGGACAAGCCCUCGUUAAUCCAGAAAUGCUUUCCUACAGGUUUGAAGGAAGAGCUCAAGCAACUGAUCAAAAUUUCUUGGCCCAUUGCCCUGACUUCUUUCUUUACCUUCUCUUUUACCCCAAUCGCAUUGAUUUUCUGUGGUCAUUUGGGGAAGGAGGAACUCGAUGCAGCAGCUCUGGCUACUUCGGUGAGUUUACAGUUUUGGGGUAACGGUGGUGAUAGGAGUAGUGGUGACAGGAGUGGUAGUGAUAGAUAG